GGAAUAUAUAAUGAUCAGUAAAUAAUGAGAGUUAGUAAUAUAUGAAAGAUUUAUAGUUAUAUUAAAGUUAUAGUUAUGCAAUCAUAAUCGCACGUAAAGGAGGUUUUGCAUUAGUAGGGGUAAUAUGCAAUGCGUUUUCGCAUAACUAAGUCCAAUCGUAUGUUUGUAGCUAAGCUAUAACGUCAAGUGAUCAAUGGAACAUCGCACAUCGCGCUCGCGCUGUUGUACGUUCUGUGCUCGAUAAAUAUUACUUCGUUAUUCUUUCGAAUGUUUAUUAAUACGUUAAUGAAAAAAUAGUAUAAUUAAUGAAGUAUAGUACAAGAAUAAAUAAAAAAUGACGAGCUUCAUUUUCUUUUCGUCUAUUCUUGUGUUUUAAUAUCGAUUUUAUGGUAUAAUUAAUUUGUGUAAUGGACCAGCCUGUCAUGUAGACACAAUCAUUUAAACGAAAGUUUAUAUUAUAGAUUAAUCAUGAGUUCGCAACCAAUAGUGGUACCUGGUGGAGAUCAUCGAAUACAAUCAGAUGCUCAUUCUGUACCUGCUGGAUGUACUUCAGAUACAUUUAAGACUAUGACACCGCCUAAUGUUAGUCGGUCUCUGAGCAAUCAACCUAAAUAUAUAGAACCAGUGGAUCAACAACUUCGACCAAGCAGUGUCCAUGUACAACCAAUGCCCUUAACAAAACUUCCAUCAACUGAAUCACUUACAACAAGUGUAACUAUUACAACUGGCCCAGUUCCUGUAUCUCCAGGUUUAUCUAUGACGGGAGAGAGCAGUCAAAAAACAGAUAAUACAUCAGAUAAGUCAAUGGAUUCCUGCAAAUUGACGCGGAAAGAAUCUUAUAAAGCACAAAGAAAAAAUUAUCGAAUGGAAAAGAAACGAGUUGCAAAUGAACUUCUUAGUUCAUUUAAAGAUCCAACUGUUAUUGUAAUGAGUGACUGGCUUAAAGUUAGAGGAACAUUAAAAAGCUGGACAAAGUUAUGGUGUAUUCUUAAACCUGGCUUAUUAUUAUUAUAUAAAAGUCCAAAAAUAAAAAGUAAUCAUUGGGUUGGAACUGUUUUGUUGAAUACAUGUCAAGUGAUAGAGAGACCUAGUAAAAAGGAUGGAUUCUGUUUUAAACUUUUUCAUCCUUUAGAGCAAUCUAUUUGGGCUCCUCGAGGACCAGAAAAUGAAGCAAUAGGAGCUGUGGUACAACCUUUACCAACUUCUUACUUAAUCUUUAGAGCACCAUCACAAGCUGCUGGUAAAUGCUGGUUGGAUGCACUUGAACUUUCUUUAAGAUGCUCUUCACUAAUUGUACGUUCAACUAGUGCAUUGCCGCGUUCUUUACAUCAUGAUGCAACAACUACUCAUGAAACUCAAUGGAGUGAAGCAGAUUAUGAAAAACAUUUUGAUGAACAUGUAUCUUUAAGCCAAUAUGCACCUAAAUCACCCACAACACCUCAAAGGCGCUUAUUGUCAUGUCCACAGCCAAUCUCACCUGCUAUAGCGUGUCAUCCUAAAAGUGUUUGUCCUUCACCAACUCCAAUGUUUCAACAACUUUACCAUGCAGUUGCAUACUGGGAAAAACAGUUUCGCGAUAACUCUCCUACACCUACUACAGAUCCAGAGAUUAUUGUGUCUUCAGUUUCUAUCGAUGAACCAGAUGGUGGGGGUACUCAUCCUAGCAUGUCUGGUUUUUCAUCUUCUGCUUCUGCACCUGCUCCAUCAAUUUCCUCUGCUCGUCGCAUGACUGUUCCUUCUGUACAUGUCCUAGAAUACAAGACCCAUGAGGUAGUAACGCUAGAACCUGUAUACGCCUCACAUACAGACCUGGAUGAUAUCAGCCAGCCAGAAAAUGGAGUCGCAGCCGAUGCCGAAAUCAGUGCUUCGGAUAGUGAAUCUGAGGGUUCUGCAAAAGAAGAUCCAUUGGACACAAUUAAUGAAACUCCAUAUGUAUCUAAUGAAAGUGAAGUUCUUGGAUCAGCUGGAGAAGUAGUAACAGUAUUGCAGGAAGAACAAAAAUCAUUAAUAUGGUUUUUAAUGAAACAAGCACGACCUGGAAUGGAUCUAUCUAAAGUAGUAUUACCUACUUUUAUAUUAGAACCUCGAUCUUUCUUAGAAAAAUUAGCUGACUCUUAUUAUCAUGCUGAUCUUUUAUCAGAAGCAGUAAUAGAAGAUGAUGCAUUUACACGUAUGAAAGCAGUUGUAAAAUGGUAUUUAUCUGGUUUUUAUAAAAAACCUCAAGGACUGAAAAAACCAUACAAUCCACUUUUAGGUGAAACAUUUCGUUGUUAUUGGCAACAUCCUAAUGGUUCAAGAACAUUCUAUUUAGCAGAACAAUUGUCUCAUCAUCCGCCUAUAUCAGGAUUUUAUGUAACAAAUCGUCAAGAUGGAUAUACGAUUAGUGCUACAAUUAUUGCUAAAUCUAAAUUUUAUGGUAAUUCAACAUCAGCAAUUUUAGAUGGUGUUGCAAUAUUAACGAUGUUACCCAGAGGUGAAGAUUAUACAAUGACAAUUCCUUAUGCACAUUGUAAAGGUAUUCUUGUGGGAACAUUAUCUAUGGAACUUGGUGGAAAAAUAGAUAUUGAAUGUGAGAAAACUCGUUACCAUACUGAAUUAGAAUUUAAACUUAAGCCGUUUCUUGGAGGAGCAGAACAGAUGAAUCAAGUAGUAGGAAGAAUACGUUUAGGAAAAGAGACCCUUGCUACUAUUUCAGGAUAUUGGGAUGGACAAAUUAUGAUUACUGAUAAACGAACUGGACAAGAAAGUGUAUUUUUUAAUCCAACUUCAGAGGUACGUAAAAGAAGAUUGAAGAAAUAUACUGUGCCUCUUGAAUAUCAAGGUCCAUGGGAAAGUGAAAAAUUAUGGCUUGCUGUUACACAAGCAAUCAAUCGAGAUGAUCAAUUUGCUGCUACCGAAGCAAAAACUCAACUAGAGGAAGCUCAAAGAGAACGAGCGAAAGAACGCAAAAGUACUGGUCAAGAAUGGGUUCCUAAGUAUUUUGUACAGGAUAUUAUAACAGGUAAUUGGGUUUAUAGACAUGCAGAUGCUCGGCCAUGGGAUCCUAGAAAUGAUGUAAUACAAUAUGAGCAUGAUUAUAUCAUACGCACAAAAACAAGACAUAAAACACCGAUAAUGCGUACUGGUAGUAUUGUUUCUACAGAUCCUCAAACACAGAUGCCAUUACUUCAAGCUGAGUCUCGUUCAUCGCUAUCUGUAUUAAAAUCUUCAAAACGGCAAUUGUCCAAUAAUUUACCUCUUACAGAAACUGCACAUGAUUCAGGUAGUUCAUCUGCCGAAUUACAUUCAGACUCUAGUCAAUCUGUUGGCAAAAGAAGACGAGCAACAACAAGAUUAUUGGAUAUUACAAAAGAUAUAGAUAAUCAAUUAUCAGAAUAUGGUGAAAAACUUAAUCGUAUUCAACACUUAAUUGAACAACUUGCUGUAAGGCAAAGAGCACAAAUAGAACAACAACAUCAUAUAAAUGUACUAAAAAGUUUUUUGGAUACUAUUCUUGUUAUUGUAGUUGUCUUCCUUGUGCAGUACUUCAUGAAAAUAUGGAAUACAGGACCUAAUACAAGUUGAAAUAAUUUUUACAGUGUUCUGUAUAUUACGUAAUUAUUUACAUAUAGUAAAAUAAAAAAAUCAGCUUUUUAUUUUUCAGAUAUAUAUAUAUAUAUAUAUAUAUAUAUAUAUAUAUAUAUUCUUAAUUGAUCGUAAUAAUGCUGCAACAGUAAUAUUUUAUAACAUUAACUACAUGAAAUUAUGAGUUAAAAAAAAUGUGUACCAUAUUUACCUAAAAUUAUUUUCUUAUUGCAUCAAAGGUGUAUAAUUUAUGCCUGUUGAAUUAUCGAUCAAUAUGAGCUUAAUAUCUUGUAUAUAAUGACUAUAUUAUAUAAGAUGUUAUAAAAAUCUAUUGAGUUACUAUAGUUUUUACUGCAACUACUCGAAAAUAAAAAGCAUACAUAAUAAUGAAAUUAUUGCAGUACAGUUCUAAAAAAUUUGCAGAUUACAUACUUGAUGUCUAUAUAUUAUAUAAAACUCUAAAAAUUAUAAAAGUUAAUUGUAAAUUAUACUACUAUCUAACUUGAUUCAUUGAUCUUUAUUGAAGUAUAAUAAUAUUAUAUAUCCAUCCUUUAAAUUGUAGAACUUCGUAUCAAUGAAUUUAACAAUGUUUUAAGAGUAAAUGCAUGUUUAAACUUGUACAUAAGAUGCACAUAAACAUUAUCUUCGCAUUUCAGUAAAUUGAUUUCAAUAAGUUGACUUCAAUUGAUUUGCAAUAUUUACAAAGUAUAUUUUGAGCAAAAUAUUUUUUAUUACAAAAUUUAUAUCUAUGCACACGCUUUUACGAACAUCGCAUUUUUGUAAAUUAUCCAUAGAGUUUUCUUACAAUUUAUUUGCGACUAAAAAUAUGAAAAAAUGACUCUUGAUCUAUUCUAUAAUUUAUAGUACAGUGCCUAAUAAUCUACUUGGUGUUUGUUAUUUAAUAUAAAAGCUGUAAAGAUAUAAUCAACAUGAUUCUUGAUGAUAAAAGGUUCAGCGAUAUUCCAACAAAAGCAUUAUAGAAAAUUGAAAGGCGGUCCUAAUAUAUCAGAAUCAAUGUUAACAUAAUAUUCCCUUAUAUAUGACACUUGGAUUAUAAGCAUAUUUUAUUAAUACUGUAUUUUAUUAAUACUAUUUUAAAUCAUACGCCAAAAUUCAAUAUUGAAUAAUCCAAGUAUAAAAAUAUAAUAUUUGACAAGAAUAGUUUAUUGAAAGAAAUAAUAUCUUUUUUAUAAUAUAGUUUCUAUAAUAAAACGUUCCUUAUAUAUUCUUGACUUAAAUCACUACUUAUUCAAAAUUACAGCAAUUAGUAAUAUUACUAUUAAAACUGAAAUAAUUUUCAUAUGGUAUUUAUCUUAAAGUUACAUUCUUUUUUUGCACAAACAUUCACAUUAUGCGUUUUUUGUUAAGAACACACGUACUAUUUUAAACUUAAUAUAUGUUGCUGAAUGUUUUAUUUAAUUAAAAUUCAACGAAAAUAUACAUGGUCGUAUAAUAUUCGUAAUAUUUGAAAAUCUUUUUUUAUCUAUAGAUUCUUUUUAAUAGAUACUUUUAUUAAAUUUUAAUAGUUAUAGUUCAAUUAAGGUACAUGAAUGGAACUAAAAGGGAAAUGUGCAAUAGGUUUUAAAUUAAAAAAAUUAAUUUACCCCAUUCCUAUGAAAUACGCUUUUUAAAUGAUUAAAAUAUCAAUAUGAUAUAAUAAAUAUAUUUUGAUUCUUUACUAAAAAAAAAUUAAUAUUGUGUAUGUACCUGAAAUAUUUAUUUACAUUUUUAUUUUCAAUUUCAAUUAUGAUUUAUUAUUAAAAUGGAAAUAUAAAUAUCAUAAUUAUAACGUAAAAUUAUCUAUAUAUUACUGAAUUAUUUAUGCUAGUAUCGUAUACAUUAAUAAUAUUACUAUAAAUAUUAUAUAAUUAUAAAUAUUGGGAGUAGUUUUAAUAUAUAAAUACAAGAAUUAUCGUUUUCAAUAUUGUAUUUCCUCAAUUUUGUCUUUUGCAUCUGUAUAAGAGAAUUAUUGUUGUAUAUGAUCACUUUAUUAUGCAAAUAAACAAAUUCAUUUGAGAUUUA